AUGGACAACGAAGGCAACAGUACCAUAUUAUAUGAUGCUAAUAUAAUGUACCCAAGUGAAUUAACUCUUCGCACAGAAUUUAAUACGGACGGUAAUAAUAUGAACGUCUGUGCAAUAUGGCCAAUAGAAAAAUGUAUAGAGAUCCUCAAACUAAAUGACACAAAGACUGAUGAUAUCCUCGGCCGAUCGUUCAUUUACAACGAUACUCAACUUACAUGCUUAGAACAUGCUCCAGUACUCACCAAAACCACUGUAAUCAGAGCGAGCGUUCUUUCUGCUAUGGCUUUUUUAUCCUUCAUUGGCAAUGUGGCAACAAUUAUAAGCAUUCGGAGGAGUAAAAGAUGCAGAGGAAGAGCACGACCUUCUUGGACCGCCAUUUACAGUUUAAUAUUCCAGCUCAGUAUAGCUGACUUGCUAGUAACGAUCUUCUGUAUAGCAGGAGAAGCCGCUUGGUCGUUUGCUGUCCAGUGGUAUGCUGGUAAUAUUGGAUGCAAAUUAUUCAAAUUCCUACAGAUGCUAGCUCUUUAUUUGAGCACUUUUGUCUUAGUACUAAUAGGAGUGGAUCGGUGGCUUGCCGUUAAAUAUCCAAUGAAAAGUAUGGCUACAGCGACAAGAAGCGGAAGGCUGGUUAUAAUUGCGUGGGUCCUGAGCGUCAUACUCAGCAUUCCUCAGGCCGUAGUAUUCCGAGUAGCAAAAGGCCCGUUCUUUGAAGAGUUCCAUCAGUGUGUUACACAUGGAUUCUACACGGAGCGAUGGCAGGAACAAGCAUACACUACUCUGUCGCUAGUCUUUAUGUUCAUACUGCCAUUGAUUAUAUUGGUUUCUACUUAUGUGUCGACGGUUAGGACAAUUGCACAGAGUGAAAAAGUAUUCAAACCUGAAGUCAGAAGGCAAGAAAAAUAUUUCACUCCCGACAUGAAUAGACGGAGAUUAAUAGAUCGGGCUAAGAUGAAAUCUUUGAGGAUGUCUGUUGUUAUUGUUGCUGCGUUUCUGAUAUGGUGGACUCCGUACUACGUAAUGAUGAUAAUAUUUACGUUUCUGAAUCCAGACAAAAACCAAAGUGAAGAGCUACUGAACGGUAUAUUUUUCUUCGGAAUGUCAAACAGUCUAGUCAACCCCAUCAUAUACGGAGCAUUCCAUUUGUGGCCGAGAAAGAAACGUUCAUACCAGCAUAGUGACCGAGAAUCGGGAGGUCAUCAUGCAUCGAUUCUUCGUCGUGGUGAUAACAACACAUCAUCCGUUAGAUUGACGACAAUCAGAUCCCUCCGGUCUUCGGCAAAAUACUCGAAUGGACAGAACAUUAGUUUGUUAUAACAAGGGCGCAAGCCAGCAAUGGCUGGUGUGAUCCUCGAGGAAACCCUCACGAACAAUGAUAUCCCUUUAAGCCAAAUCAGUUGUGUGUAUUGUUUAGAAAAAAACAAAAUGAGGAACCGGCUUAAAUACAACGAUUUUUCUGUCUAAAUUUUUUUUUUGAAUUGUGUGAAUUUCAGUUUUUUUGUUCAGUAUUUUCUAGAAUAAAACUGCUUUGUUUCUGAAACUAUUUGAUAGACAUUAAAGUGAGUAAGGUACCUAAUGUUAAAUAUUAAUUUUUCUAUAAAAUUUAUUGUUAUAAAUAGAUGUCUAAAGUAAUCAAAUAAAAAUAAAUGUAAUUAGAACUUAAAAAAUUGACAAAAUGGCCUAUCUAAAUACCUGCUUGAUCUGCAUACCAUAUACAUUUUUGUUUCAAAGAAUGUAUAUUUCUCUGUAGCUGUUAAAGAAGAAGGCAUUUUUUUAAGAAAAAAAAACAAGCAGGAACUUCAUAACUUUAGUUACUAUUAAAGUUCUAGUUUGUUAUCUAGGUUGUGUUUACAUUCGGAAUGCGGGCUUAGUUCACUACUUUGUUCGUGUCUCGCUCUUUUUAUGAUCUGUCUCUAUAAGAGGAGCGAGUGAGAUAUAGUACGACAACUAAUAUACCUGAGAGGCAUUUUCCUGAAACCGAAUCGGUGUAAUGAUAAAAAUGACAUUGAGAAAUGGAAUUCCGUAAAUAGAACGCCUAAUUCCAGAACUAACUUAGAAGAAAAAGAAAAUGAAAAUA